CGUCAUCUGAUGGUGACAGUGGUGAGAUGACGGCGAUGGUGCGAUGUGGGGUUGCAGGCGAUUGCUGUGCACGCUGCACCCACGCACACCCGCUGUUAGCCUCAUCGCCUUGCAGUGUGUUGCUUCCAAUGCUCAUGGCUCACUCGCUCCUCGCCACCUCCUCGUUGCCGUUGCACUUCAUUUCUUUUUCCUCCUCGACACCAUUGAUAGCAGAUCCAGCGCAAGUGACGUGCAAGAAGACAGAGAUUGGAGGAUCCUGUGUUUGUGGAGCUGUUGUAGUUGCAACCACACGCCACGAUGGCAGAGACCUGGCGCCUGGCUGCGCAGGAGCCAACCAUUGUGAUUGAUGUGGACCGCACGUUGAUGGAAACGUCGAGCACGGACGAUCCUGCGACUGAACAGCGCGAGAGGAACAGGGAUCACAUUGGCGUGGUGCUUGCUUCGAAUGAGGAGGGUGAUGACAGCUCUGAUCCAAGGCAAUGCUCCACGUUCUCCACCUCUAAAGGCAAGGCACCCACAGUCUCCUUCCACAACCUUCACUACUACGUGGAGGUGGGCAAGAGCAAGCCUCGGCUGGAGAUCCUCAAGGGCAUCAGCGGCGUGUAUGGCGGCGGCGAGGGCGAGCUGAUUGCAAUCAUGGGCCAGUCUGGCGCAGGAAAGACAACGCUGCUGAAUAUCCUGGCCCAACGCGCGUCGGGCGAAGUCGAAGGCCGUGUUAUUGUGAAUGGGGCACCACUUCGCCGCUCAAACGCAAAGAAACUCAUCGGAUACAUCCACCAGAACGACGAGCACUUCCCCGAGCUGACCGUCUUUGAGACGCUGCUGUUUAUGGCUGGGCUGACGAUGCCUGCAAGCACAGCAUCGGAGCGCCACGAACGAGUGCUGGACGUCAUGGCCUGUCUCAACCUGGCACAGGUCUGCCGAAGAGAGGGGAGGUGGUGGUGGGGUGGUGGGGUGUUGGAACUGCAAUGCGAUGUGGGAGACUGA